AUGGGUGACUACUCGAAAGCACUUGAAUUUUACGAAAAAUCACUUAAAAUAACAAAAAAAACUCUGCCUUCGAAUCAUCCUGAAUUGGCUACUUCCUACAACGACAUCGGUCUAGUGUAUAACAACAUGGGUGACUACUCGAAAGCACUUGAGUUUUACGAAAAAUCACAUAAAAUAAGAGAAAAAGCUCUGCCUUCGAAUCAUCCCAAUUUGGCUAGUUCCUACAACAACAUCGGUGGAGUGUAUGACAACAUGGGUGACUAUUCGAAAGCACUUGAAUUUUACGAAAAAUCACUUAAAAUAAGAGAAAAAGCUCUGCCUUCGAAUCAUUCCGAUUUGGCUACUUCCUACAACAACAUCGGUCUAGUGUAUAACAACAUGGGUGACUACUCGAAAGCACUUGAAUUUUACGAAAAAUCACUUAAAAUAAGAGAAAAAGCUCUACCUUCGAAUCAUCCCGAUUUGGCUACUUCCUACAACAACAUCGGUCUAGUGUAUAACAACAUGGGUGACUACUCGAAAGCACUUGAAUUUUACGAAAAAGCACAUCAAAUAAAAGAAAAAGCUCUGCCUCAGAAUCAUCCCUCAUUGGCUAAUUCCUACAACAACAUCGGUCUAGUGUAUAACAACAUGGGUGACUACUCGAAAGCACUUGAAUUUUACGAAAAAGAUCUCGAAAUCGCGAAAAAAGCUCUGCCUCCGAAUCAUCCCGAUUUGGCUACUUCCUACAACAAUAUCGGUGGAGUGUAUGACAACAUGGGUGACUAUUCGAAAGCACUUGAAUUUUACGAAAAAUCACAUAAAAUAAGAGAAAAAGCUCUGCCUUCGAAUCAUCCCGAUUUGGCUUAUCCCUACAACAACAUUGGUAUGGCGUAUUCCGGCAAGGGAGACUACUCGAAAGCACUCUCAUUCUUAGAAAAGGCACUUAUUAUCUUCCAAAAAUCACUUCCACCUAACCAUCCUAAUAUUAUAACGGUCACAAACUCAAUUGACAAUGUAAAAAAGAAAAUGUAA